UCUAGAAAUCAACUGAAUUUUUUACAUAUUUUAGGUUGUCUGCCGACUUUAGGAAGGCAUAUGGUGUUAUGUGUACCCUGGCAAAAGCGAGUUUUGUUAUUUUAACGUUGUUUUAUUUGGAAAGACAUAUCGGAAGCAGUAUCGAGACAAUUGUGAUUUUGUUCGAUCGCCGCGCGAGUACCAUGGUACAAACAACCAUGGACAUGAUGGAGGAAUCCUCCAUGGUACAACAGGGUUCGCACUACCAACUGUGUGGUGAACGAAUGGUUGGGGGCAUUUCGUGUGGUCUUAUCAGGCAGAUCUUGUGUUUACAUGUGAGGGGGAGGAGGGGUGAUGUGGUGGUGGCUUGCUCAGCCCAGACACAGACAGGACCCAAGAGGCGUGAAGGAGAAACGUGCUAAUCUGAGCCAGGCGGACGUAUUCGGCAUCACCGCCCCCCUGAAGAAUUUCCUCCCCUGGUGGAGUCUGUGGCAGGGCGAAAGAAAAGUUCGACAGAGAUUGAUCCUGGCAGAGAUUGAUUUGGAUUCGCGUAAAAUGACAAGACAGAAAAUUUGCUGCAUCUGCCUUCCCCGCGACUCGUCUGGGGACGGGUUCGGGAACUGAUGCGUGGGCGAUUGCCCCGUGAACACAGUCGUUUUUCCCUCCUAUGGUAUCCCCCACCCCCUCCCACCGGUAAUUUCCUCCAACUUAGAAAAUCCAGGUGUCACGAUUGAGUCAUCUCGUGGCUUGUCCAGGAUUAGCGCUAAUUUUCCCCCCGGAGAAAUAACGGGAAAAACUUGAGACAAAAUUUCCGACGGCGGAGUUAUUUUUUUCGGGGGGGAGCUGCCCGCAAUGUCAAUGUUAUGGCCCACAUGUUACGGACGAUCUUGAAAACACGUGUGGAGCUCGGUUGUUACUGCGGAGAACACUGUGCCAUUGCAUCCCACUUUGAAAACAAUGGAUUGUAUUAAAGAAAGAAUUGCAGUACCUUUGCAUUGUGGGUACCAUUGCAUAAGACAACGAUGUGUGCAUUAGUCACUGCUGUCUGUCUUGCCAAUGCACCCCAACCAAUCAGAGAGCAGGAAACCUAGGUCUUCAAAGUACUAAUUUUUUUUUUGUAUACUUAAUUUGGCAGUGGAUUGACUGUAUUGCACUGGAUUGAUUUGCACCAAUGAAAAUCAGGGCGUCUUCGAUAACAGUACAUCCCAUUGGUCAUUGCACCGCCCACUUUGCACAUUCCGGCCAAUCAGGAGGCCCCUUCUUCUCAUGCAACUCUGGAGCUUAAUUGAACCUUCGUAGAUGAUUUAAAAGUGCAGGCUCGAUUCUCGUAAACCUCAGAUCUGGUUUUUCACUUGGGACCUGAGGUAGUUACAUUACACGAUCACCGAGUGAUUAACGUUUCCCCUGUAAGACUUUUAAACAAAAAAAUAUUCACGUUUUGACCAACUGCGAGAAAAGUGUGGGCGAGUUGCCAUGGAGACGGCACAAGAGACAUCGUUCGUCUUCCCGCUGAACGUCGUCGAGAAUUCCGGAGAUCACGCACACAGUACCAAGGCGGACCACAACUUGUCGCCGUUCAAGUUGGAGGGCGCCGAGGAAUCUCACGUCACGCAUUGUCAAGAGGAUGACAUGACGGGCAUGGAAGGCGUGGAGAACACGGCCAAGCAGGCUGGGGAGAACGACCUGUGCUUACCCUGCAAGGUGUGCGGCGACAAAUCCUCAGGAUUCCACUAUGGCGUCAUGGCCUGCGAAGGAUGCAAGGGUUUCUUCCGACGCAGCAUCCAGAAGAAGAUUGACUACAAGUGUCACUUCUCGGGCAACUGCGCCAUCGAGCGGAUAAACCGCAACCGUUGCCAGCACUGCCGCUUCAAGAAAUGCCUGGCCGUGGGCAUGUCCAAAGAAUCUGUCAGGAUAGGCCGUUACUCCAAGCGCGUCAAGCAGAGCAACAUGGACGAGAUCAAGCGGUUGUCCAGCAAGCCAGAGACGGCGGCCGAGCGGGAGGCACGGGAGCGGCACGAGAUGGAGAUCUACACGCUGUCGCAGGCCGUGCUGCAGGCACACAACCUGACCUGCGAGUACACCAAGGAGAAGGUGGAUGCACUGCUGCAGCAACAAGACAGCAUCAUGAUGAGGCUCAACGCCGGCGAAGACCUGAACAUUCCUCCAACCGUGGACUACAGCAAGUGGAAGCCGGAGGAGCGAUCCAACAGCAAAGUCUUUGCCUGGAAGAUCUUCUGUGAGGCCAUCAUGCCUUGCACACAGCACGUGGUGGAGUUUGCCAAAUGCUUACCGGGAUUCCUCACAUUACAGCAGGAGGAUCAGAUGACCCUGCUCAAGCAGGGUUUCUUUGAGGUCUGGAUGAUCUACCUGUCCCCCGUCAUGCUGAGCGAGGAGCGGCUCAUCCUGCUCGGGAGGGACAACGUCUUCGCCCGGGACUUCUUGGCGCGCAUGGAGACGCCCGAUCUGUGGCGUCACAUCUUUGAGUUUGCCACGGGGAUUCACCAGCUGCGACUCAGCGACACGGAGGUGGCGCUGUUCGCCGCCAUCACCAUCAUGAGCGGCGAUCGUGGAGGGAUCAAGGAGUCGAAGCAAGUGGAGGAUCUUCAGGAGAAGUUUCUGGAGUGUCUGCGGCGCGAGAUCUCCAGGCGAGAGGUGAAAGACAAUCACCUGUUUGCAAAGGUCCUGAUGAAGAUGCCUCUACUACGUUCCACCUCCACCUUGCAGAUGGAGACCAUGCUACGUUUCCGCAUGGAGUUCCCCAACGUCACCAUCCCGAUGCUGCUCGCCGAGCUGAACAACGUCGCCGGCGAGGAUGCGGAGGAUCACAUCAUGAUGCCGCUCAUGAGCGAGGUGCUCGGCCUCAACGGAAACCAGCGGAAAAGACCUCACGACAUCGCGGAGCGUCUCCCCCUGACGAAGAUCACAAAGGAAGGCGGUCUGUUUCAGCCGCCCAAGGCCGUCGGUGGGGUGCCCACCCAGCGUUCCCCGUCAUCGUCAGAACACGAAGAAGUCAACAUGGUGGUGUCGAUGAUGACGGCCGCGACGUGAGAACGCCGACAAGAGAUCGGUUCAUUUUUGUACAUUAAAUUCAUCAAUCAUUCAUGUGAAACAAUGGGCGACGCCGAGUUUGCACAAAAAAACGACGUUACUUGCAACCGUCGUUGGGGAGCAAUCCGAGCGGAGCCAAGCAGGGUUUGAACUAUCAUUGCAACGUAAAUGCACAUCUUGUGUUUUUCUGUGGGAUUCAGGACUCUAGAUUUUUAAUUGUGAGAGAGCUGUUUGUAUAUGUCAUCCACAUUUUGUAGGAGCCUUGUUGUGCCAUUGCCUUAAAAGGCGGCAGACUCAGGCAAAAUAACAUGUCAUACAGUUGUACCUUUUUUUAAGGAGUGGCAUAUCUAUAAUCGCUUGCGUUCAACAUUUCCCGAUCUGUGGUCUAGUUGUACAAUUUCUGCAGAGCCCGGCC